AGCCCGUGUACCUGCGGUUGUCCCGUCUCUCACCGGACUGCACUCGUCACUCCAGAUUUCUCCUCUGAUAGGAGGGCAUCAGCGCUCCCUCCCUCCCACACAGCCUCGCUUCGCUCUCUCCAUCGCUCGUGUUUACUACAGCCUGGGAGAGACGGUCGUAUAAAUUGCCUGGGAGUGCGCAUAUCGCAGCAUCCUCAGAGGGGAAUUGAAAAGGGGGAGGAGGUGUAGGAUCAAGAAAACAACCCAAACAAGGAAAAAUAUCUGCGUUUUCUAUCGUUUCAAAUUAACGCAGGAGAAAAACAGACCUCCACAGAGCCCUGCGAUUGGAAACCCGCGCUGGAUGUAGAGAAGGCUGAGCGCGGAUGCUCGAUACACGGACAGGAGGACAAGGGAGAAAAUCAGAAAGGACCAAUAAAUCCUAGAGAGGAAUAAUCUUUUGCAGUCAUCAGCGAUGGACUCCAGUUAUCGGCAUUGAGGUAGGAAUCGUCAAAUUGGCUUCUUCCAGUCGAGUUGUUAGGCAGUUUUCUUCAGUUAUUCUGAUGACCACAGUCACUCAUGGCCCUCAUGCAUGAACCUCGCGCCCCAUCGCCCUCUCUUUCCGGCUUCAACACACCCCUCUCCGAUCCUCCGUCUUUUCGCCGCCUCGAUGCCGAAACACCCUGCACGCCAGAAAUGGACUUGACCCCAACCCAGUGCGUUCUUCGCAACGUCCUCUCCAUAGACACCGGAGGUGCUGUGGAACCCGGGGGUGGAGGAAGAGAGGGGCACACUACUGGACACAACCAGACACCCUGCGAGGAACAACAGGAGCACUUUGCCAACAGUGUCCUGAAACUCCAUGAACACGAUGGCGGUCCUGGAAGGACGGAGGGAGAGGGACCGGAUAUGGACAGCAGUGCGGUCAGGAGCCAGGCGAAUGACGCCAGGUUACAGUGCCAGUCUACAGGAGGGGGAGGAGGGUUUUUGGAGGGGUUGUUUGGGUGUCUGCGGCCUGUCUGGACAAUGAUCGGCAAAGCCUACUCCACAGAGCACAAGCAUGACCUGGACGAGGAGUGGGAAGUCCCAUUCGAGGAGAUAUCGGACCUGCAGUGGGUGGGCAGCGGAGCCCAGGGCGCCGUCUUCCUCGGUAGAUUGCACGGCCAGGAAGUGGCUGUGAAGAAAGUGCGGAACAUCAAAGAGACAGACAUCAAGCACCUGCGGAAGCUCAAACAUCCCAACAUCAUCACCUUCAAAGGUAUCUGUACCCAGGCUCCUUGUUAUUGUAUCAUCAUGGAGUACUGCGCCCAGGGACAGCUGUACGAGGUGCUGAGAGCAGGGAGGAAGAUCACGCCAUCCCUGCUCAUGGACUGGGCCAUGGGCAUCGCUGGAGGCAUGAACUAUCUUCACCUCCACAAAAUCAUCCACAGAGACCUCAAAUCACCCAACAUACUGAUCACCUAUGACGAUGCAGUGAAGAUCUCUGACUUUGGCACAUCUAAGGAGCUCAAUGACAAGAGCACUAAGAUGUCCUUUGCUGGCACUGUAGCCUGGAUGGCCCCCGAGGUCAUACGUAAUGAACCGGUCUCGGAGAAGGUGGAUAUUUGGUCAUUUGGUGUUGUGCUGUGGGAGAUGUUGACAGGAGAGGUGCCGUACAAGGAUGUGGACUCCUCCGCUAUCAUCUGGGGAGUGGGCAACAACAGUCUGCAGCUGCCCGUGCCCGACAGCUGUCCAGAGAGCUUCAAACUGCUGCUGAGGCAAUGCUGGAACUGCAAGCCCAGAAAUAGACCUUCGUUUCGACAGAUUCUCCUGCAUCUGGACAUUGCCUCAGCGGAUAUAUUGUCAACCCCACAAGAAACUUACUUUAAGUCUCAGGCGGAGUGGAGAGAUGAGGUGAGACAUCAUUUUGAGAAGAUUAAGUCCGAGGGCACGUGUCUUCACCGGCUGGACGAGGAGCUGAUAAAACGGCGCAGGGAAGAACUGAGACAUGCACUGGACAUCCGAGAACACUACGAGAGGAAGCUGGAGAGAGCCAAUAACCUCUACAUGGAACUGAAUGCUAUCAUGCUGCAGCUGGAGAUCAAAGAGAAGGAGCUGCUUAAGAGGGAGCAGUCACUGGACAAGAAGUACCCAGGCUGCUUCAAGCACCACAGUACCAGACAGUCAGCCUCCUCCAAUUCCAUGGAGAAGCUCAUGAAGAAACGUAAUGUACCUCAGAAACUGCCCUCACACAGCAAGAGGCCAGACUUACUAAAGUCAGAGGUCAUCCUCCCUAAGCUGGACUCAUCCAUGACCCAGGUCACAAUCCCCAACAAGGGCUCUACCUCCCCCGGUCGCUCACGCCGAGGAAAACCUCGCUACAGAAAGGCUGGAAAAGGCAGCAGUGGCGACCUGGCUCAGCUGAAAGCCACUCUGUCCUCGUCUUUAGCAAUGAUCAAUGCAACCUCGUCUGUUCCCAGCAAGCACCGUCUAGACCCCAGCGCAGCCCUCAGGGGCUUACAGCAUGACCUUCUACUCAAAAAGAUGUCCUCCUCCAGCCCCGAUCUUAUUUCUACCACUCUGGAGGUCGAGGGCAGGAGGAAAGGCCAGGUGAGAUCAGGGCUGGACAGAGCGGGCAGUCAGAGCGCCUCAGCUGGGCUGGAAGAGAGCAGAAGGACUGAUGGGCCAGAGCGGGGCCCUGACGUGGGUGUAGGCGGGGAUGACUUGGCAGAAACGCCUCCACGCAGUGAUACACCGAGCGAAGACGCGGCAUCUAUUCCUUUUUCCAGUAGCCCUGACUCCCCUUGUGGCAGAGGAGCAGCGGCGGGCAGGGCGUCCGCACUCGGGAACACUCGUGUCACCCACGAAGGUGAGGAGAAGGAGGAAGGGACGGUGAUUACACGCUCGCCCAGAAGUCAACGGCUUACGCCUUCAGCACUGCUCUACAGGGCAGCAGUCACACGCAGUCAGAGACGUGGAGUGUCAUCAGAGGAAGAGGAAGGAGAAGUGGACAGUGAAGUGGAGUUGCCGAGGAGACGGCGGCCUGUGAGCAUCACCAAAUGCCAGUCCCUGUCGACCUUUAGCUCAGAGAACCUAUCGGUUUCGGACGGUGAGGAGGGCAACACUACUGACCACUCCCACAGCGGUACGCCCGACGUGGUCAGCACCAACACAGACGAGCGACUGGAUGACAAGAGCGACGACCUGCUGUCUCAGGGCUCGGAGAUUCCUGCUGACCCGUCUGACCCGACUCAGCUGGGCUCCGAUGGUCUGUCUGAAAAAGAAGCCAUUCUGCAACAAGUCAAGACGCAGCUCGCCUCAAAUGACCCCAAUUAUGAGGGCCUGUAUGAUGACUCCGACUGUGACAGUGCAGAACUGGACCAUUCGUGCACUGCAGACCCCAGUCAACCUCCAGCCAACUGGUGAAAACCGGGCACCUCUAACCCACUCCACCACCUGCAGACCUGGCCUCUCAAUACCUCCUUCACUCUUAGAAACUCUGAGUCAUUAUCAGGGACAUCGCAGAGAGGCAGGAAAUUGAGCAAUGUGUUCUUAACCACAUAUCCUGGUUAAGGAAACAAAAAAAAAAAAAAAGGAAAGUCGCAUUUCCUUUGGAGAUGAAUGCAGCACGGCGAUGUGACAGCACCUUUUGUUCUCUGAAAUCGCAUCAAAUGACACCUCAGCGACACAAGCUUCGAUCAAAGAGGCGACGUCUGCACCGUCUGUUGUCAUGUUGUUUUCAUGUCCUCCAUCAUAAUUCAUGUCCGUUUUUUAUUUUUGUCCUAAUGAAAAUGAUCAUGAAACUAUUUAAAUGUCACGAUCACUGGAGACGACCAGUGUCGCUCUUUUUACUUAUAAUUUAUGAAAUCUUCUGACUUGUCGUCUUUAAAAAAAAACAACAACUUAUGCACUGUUUAAUUUAUUAGAAAGAAAACAAUGUUUACAUCUUUUUGUGCCGUUUACAUUUUUAUUUAUAAAUUGUGUCAUAGAUUACGUUUCCAUUUUCUACUUCUGUUUUUAAUAUCGGUGUAAAUAUGGGAUGUAAAAUGAACAAAUUUUUAAAAUGUGAGAUUGUAUAAUUUAAGGUGCUGAUGUUUCUAAUUAGGUGGAACUAUUUUAUUUGAAGCUCUCGGUAGUAGAAUGUACUGUAGCUGCUGUUCAUGUCCGAGCAUCCAAACAGGAAAAGGAGGAACAAACAUGUGAACAAGGAAAAGCAAUAUGUCUGCUCUGGUCUCACAGCCGGGUUCUUUUAGGACAGAUGAGCUUUUUUAAAAAUACUUAUCGCACGUGUUUACUGUAUUUAAAAAUGCAAGGUCAUUUUAAAACAUAUUCCCCCGUUUAUAGCAUUGAGAAAAAGCAUGCGAGUGAAAUAGUAGGGACACCUUACUGAAGUCAAACUGUGUCUCGGCUCUAACAUGAGAACAUCUGCAGAAAUUUACACCCUCCAGUACCGAGUAACUGAAGGCACAAGAAACGCCAAUACAGAUCCUACAGCGUGGUAAUUUUAGAAGCCGAAAAUCAUUUAUGCAAAAACCCGUUUGUGUCCAGUAACUGAUUCAUCUCUGGCAGAAACAUUACAUCUCAACAUUUAUCUCUUUAAAUGUGAACAUUUUGGACCCAGACGUUGCCAUUUUCAUGCCUACUUAAUUUGGCCAAUUUUAUUUAUAGUCUACUCUCAACAUAAUCAUCGGCCUCGCCGGCUGAAAACGUCGCCAUCCAAUGGUUAUUUUUCACUCUUGUAAGGGCUGCGUCAUAAACUGUGACACCUAAAACCCUUGUUUGUGUUUGUUCUCCUUGGCAAAUGUCCUUAAUGUGCGCCUGAAUCUGACCGUACAACAGCACAUCACGUUAUUCCAUGAAUCCAUGACUGAUCAGGUCACACUCUAUAAGCUAAAAAUACAAAAAGGCAGCUUAUUUUGUUCAUCUUUGAAAAGAAAGAAAGAGACAGGUUAUCUUUUGCAGUUUAUAUUUGUAGAAAGAUUUUACAGAUUGUGGCCCCCAAGGUUUGAAGCUAGAAAUCCUCCUGCAGGAUUAAAAUGUUGCCAAAAAGCAAGACUACUGCCCUCUAUUGUCCAAUCGUGGAGGUACUCAUGUUUCCCAUGAUGCUCACUGAAAGCAACCCUGUUAAAUGUUGGCAUUUUAUACUGCAUUAUCGUAACUAUAUUUAAAAAAAAGAAAAAAAAUGAAAUGCCGUUAAAAAUAAAUUCAAACUUGUAAACCAAACGUGUGGUUUCA